AUGUCGCGUGUCAUGUUAUAUUCUCCCAAUCGUCAUAUGAACAACCUGAACGAGAAUGUUGAGUUGCGUCGCAAUCUAGCGGUAUGGCAAAAGGCUUUACCCGAUGAUUGUCUAUUUAUGGAAUCAUUGAUAAAUGCUGGACAAUGGACCCUCGACGAGGAAGUUCUUUUUCUACAUCGUGCAGUGCUGUGUAUGUUCUCCUUGAUGGCUUUUGGUCUGUUUAAUAGAGCCCUGCUCUCAGCAAAGACAGAUCCAAUUCAUGGGAACCAUUUUCCUCAGCACGAUGUGAAACGGGCAGUUGUCAAUGCGGUCGAUGAAACAGCCAGAAUGGCUCGACUUUUCUUUGAGCAAAACCUGGUGCAAAAGCUGCCAUUUUAUGCCAUCGCUUUCUUCAUUUCCACGCUCCCAAUUGUCCUCGUCGGAUAA